AUGUAUGAUGACUGCAUUGAGUCCAGUGGGGACUAUUACCUUCUCUGUGACACUGAGGGGGCAUGGGGCAUUGUUCUGGAGUCCCUGGCAGCAAUUGGCAUAGUGGUUACAAUUAUACUGCUCUUGGCAUUUCUCUUCCUUAUGCGAAAGGUUCAAGACUGCAGCCAGUGGAAUGUCCUCCCCACCCAGUUCCUCUUCCUUCUGGGUGUGCUGGGGCUCUUCGGCCUUGCUUUUGCCUUCAUCGUCCAGCUCAAUCGGCAAACUGCCCCUGUCCGUUACUUUCUCUUUGGGGUACUCUUUGCUGUCUGUUUCUCAUGUCUCUUGGCUCAUGCCUCCAACCUGGUGAAGCUGGUCCGGGGUAGAGUCUCCUUCACUUGGACAACAAUUCUGUGCAUUGCUAUUGGUUGCAGCCUGUUGCAGACGAUCAUUGCCAUUGAGUAUGUGACUCUCAUAAUGACCAGAGGUAUGAUGUUUGUGCACAUGACACCCUAUCAGCUCAAUGUGGACUUUGUGGUACUCCUGGUCUAUGUCCUCUUCCUGAUGGCCCUCACAUUCUUUGUCUCCAAAGCCACCUUCUGUGGCCCAUGUGAGAACUGGAAGCAGCAUGGAAGGCUCAUCUUUGUUACUAUGCUCAUCUCCAUCAUUAUCUGGAUCACAUGGAUCUCCAUGCUUAUGAGGGGCAACCCACAGCUCCAGUGGCAGCCCCAGUGGGAUGACCCCAUCAUUUGCAUUGCUCUGGUCACCAACGCAUGGGUUUUCCUUCUUCUGUACAUCAUACCCGAGCUCUGCAUUCUCUACAGUUCAUGUAAGCAGGAUCGUCCUUUACAAGGCAACACUUGUCCCGUGCCAGCCUACCAACACAGCUUCAGAGUGGAGAACCAAGAGUUCUCAAGAGCUCAAAAUGAUGACUGAAAUGGACUCAGGCUGAAGCAAGAUGAAAUAAGAGUUGCCCGAGACAGUGAUGGCGCAGAGGAGGAUGUAGCGCUAACUUCAUACGGUACCCCCAUUCAGCUGCAGGUAAAUGUGCUCGUCUGCUUUUAACAGAGCAAGCACUCCUUACUCAGAAGAGCCUUCGGGCUUCAUUUCCCGCGGUGUCUACCAACCUGAGAGAGGAGAGGCAGGGCAGGAACAUCCCUAAAGGCAUGUGGCCCUU